CGAAGCGAUGCGGUCAGGCGUCAAAGAGGUUGCGAGCCUCUAAUACAGCACCAACCGGCGGAACCCCUUAUGGGACUUGAUUUUCAGCCGGCUAUUCAAAACGACACUAGUUCUAUAUAUGAUCUAUUCCAGCGGUACGGCAAUUCCUUUCAGGCCAAUACUCUCGUCAGUAAACCUACAAUUUUCACAAUUGCUCCGGAAAACGUCAAGCUCAUCAACACCCGCGACCAUGAAUGGGGAAUCCAACCGCACAGGCUUCCUGGAAUGGAAUACCUUUGCGGUCGCGGCUUUCUAACCAUGGAUGGAGACAUCUCGCGCCAUUCGUGGAGAUUGCUUAAACCUUCUUUUGCUAAAAGUAACCUCGCUAAUAUGAGUGUACUAUCGCGAGAAGUGGACAACUUUCUGGAGAAACUCCCGAAAGACGGUACAACGGUUGAACUACAACCAUUACUCUACAUCAUGUUUCUGAAUACGUCCUUGCACUUCCUUUUAGGAAUUUCUCCCGACGAAGAACUGCAUGAGGCUCCUUGUACCCCUGAAGAAUUCGUCAAGUCUUUUCACGAUGCAUUGUUUUAGACCAUGAUCCGGAUUUUGCUUGGGCGGGUCUUCAGAUUCAUACCACAAA